AGCUCCCGGUCCACACAGACUUGGUGUUUCUUGGUAGUUUUUGGUUUCAGGGUGAGACUCUGUUAAUCUGGAGUGGCUCAGCUUUGCUUUGCACCCUGUUAUCUGUGUGUGUGUGUGUGUGUCUCAGAGGUUCACAGCACCUGACCCACCCACCUACCCACCACCACCACCACCGCCCCCCGUGGCGUUUGUCCUGAGAGCUGGACUCAGACGAGGAGGGACGGCUGUGAAGCCAGUAACCGGCGGUGGAGGAGCCAGCAGCCACCAGGGGACUGAGGACUGGGACGGGAAGGAUAACCAGCAGUGAGGCAGAAGAGGGCGAAAGUGCGCCGACAGAAGGAGCCGUUAGCAGGAGGAGUGCUGACAUUAAGCAGAAGAUGAGUACGUACACAGUGACUCUGAACGGCCCGGCUCCGUAUGGCUUCAGGCUACAGGGAGGAAAGGACUUCAACAUGCCCCUCACCAUCUCCAGGAUAACUCCUGGCAGCAAGGCAGCAGGCGGCACCCUGACCCAGGGCGACAUCAUCUCAUCAAUCGACGGGAUCAACACCGAUGGGAUGAGCCACAUGGACGCCCAGAACAAGAUCAAGUCAGCAAUCAACAAACUUACACUCACCAUGCAGAAAUCCAGACGCCCUGUACCAGUUCCCACGGCAGCUCCAAGAAUGGACUCACCGAUGCCCGUCAUCCCACACCAGAAGCAAGACAUAAAAAAGGCGCAGGAUCAAGUCAUUGCCAACACAGCUGCAAACGUGGAGUACACCCCCAGCUUCAACCCCAUCGCUUUGAAAGACUCUGCCUUGUCCACCCACAAACCCAUCGAAGUGAGGGGCCCCGGCGGAAAGGCCACUAUCGUUCACGCCCAGUACAACACACCAAUCAGCAUGUACUCACAGGACGCUAUCAUGGACGCCAUUGCAGGACAGUCGCAGGCCAAAGGACAUGACAGCGAGGAGGCCGGCUCUCCUUUGGCUGGAGUCCUCCCGAUCAAGGAGCCUGUGGUGGACUGUGCAUCUCCUGUGUACCAAGCCGUGAUCCGGGCACCAGACACAAACCAGGACAUGUCUGAGUGGGCUCGCCGUGCCGCCAACUUGCAGUCGAAAAGCUUCAGGAUCCUGGCUCACAUCACUGGCACUGAAUACCUGCAAGAUCCAGAUGAGGAGGCACUGCAGAAAUCAAGAGAGCGAUUCGAGUCAGAGGUCAAAGGGCCGCGCUUCGCCAAGUUGAAGAACUGGCACCACGGAUUGUCUGCACAGAUCCUCAACGUCCAGGAAUAAAGAGGAGGAAAUUCAAAGAGAGGGAAGAGUCGCAGAAAAAAAAGGAGGACAUAUAAACAUGGGAAGAGAGAACAGAAAGUGUGAGAGAAAAUGAACAAUAGGAGAAAAGUGAGCUAUAGCUGUUGCCUAGAUUAGUAGAAAGUGUAUUAAUGUUAGUAUGAGAAUGCUAUGUGUUUAUAAGUUAAAGUGUCAAAUAUAUCUGCCUCCUAUGUAGAUCUGCUCUCGUGAUAGGUUCUUUCUUUUUUCAUGUCCUGAUUAUUGGGGAAGAUGUACAAAAGAAAACAAAUAUUGAAGUGAAACUGCAGAAAUGUUUCUUUUUUUUGCUGCUGGAGAUAAAUCGCAGAUGUAUGGAUUUAAAAAAAAAACUAUAUGAGCACAUUUGUCAGAUGUGACAGCAAGAGGAAUACACAGUUUAUCUAUAUGCACAAGUACAGUAUGUAAAAAUGCACUCAGAAAUGUACUGAUGUCAAUGUGAAUAAAUGUUUUAUUAAAUCUACA